AUGGAAGCCUCCCACCCCGGCUGGAACACCAGCUUUCACGCCCAGCUCGUUGGCAUGGGUAUCACCACAUCGUCAAAGGCCUCCGUCUUGACCGACGAGCCGGAGAGCUACGGAUGCCUGACCGAUAGAGUUUCCUUGACCUGGUCAAGGGAGAUUGCCCAAGGCAUUGAUUACCUCCGACGGGUGUCGGGGAUGGCAAAGAACAGGCCCGGACCGGGCAACUGCGGGAGGGUGAGCUGCAAUUGGAAUGCGGCUAUUUGGUUUUGCAACGAUAACAAGUACGAGAAAGAGGUUGAGUGGAACUCGAUUGCAGAUGGAGCGGAGUGGGUGCUGGAUAGAUGCACAAUAAAGCAGCAGUGGGUGGCUGGGGUGUCGACGUAUACGGAUGGAUGGAACGUACGGGUUAGAUCCGACGUGUGUUAA